GAAGUUGAUGGCCGAAGAGCAUGCCGUCUGUUUUAAUGGGAAUACUCUUGAAAAUUCUUUUUGCUAUUUAGAAUAAUAUGCUUCUCAUGUGAGCUCUCAGGAAGUAAUUAUCCUUGUGCACCACAUAUGCAGUGAGAACUGAAAUUCUCUGGCCUUUCAAAUGCAAAGUAUCCCAUGAAAUUGUUGCCCAGAGAAUCCUCAGGCAGCUGCAGUUUCCUUCUCCCUUGUGAUGAAGAGCACUUCUGUUUUUUAGCUCUUUUUGGGGUGUGUUCUGUGCAGUUAGGCUUACCUGCAUUCGAUGUUUUUCACACUAAUGUCUGAUUAACUGUACUUUCAAGAUACUUGGAAAGUGAUUAUGAAAGAGUUUCAAUUUAGCAAUUACAGCAUCUGGGGUGCACAUACACUUAAAGGCAGUACCUGUCAUACUUUAAGUGAGAUUUUCAUUGACCUUUUCUAUCUCAAAAUGGGGUAAUACAGGCGACCUCGCAGACCAUUUUUUCUAGUGUUACUGUCUCAAAAGAAAUCAACCAAAGGUAAAUAGAAAUGUAACAGGUUAUUACUGUUAUGUAAGUUUCCCAUAGUAGCUAAAUCUUUACUUCAAGUGGGAUUCGAGUGAUGCAGACAGAUCUAAUUCUUCAAUCAUCAGAACUUCCCUUAUUGCACACAGCAACACAGUAAAUGAACUUAUUUGAAUGUGGACUUAUUUAAAUGAACUUAUUCCUAUGGAGGUGCUCACAUCAUGCAGGUGCUUUAGUUAAUUACAUUCUGUAAUCCAGCAUCACAACAGCCAUGUAUCAUCCUUGAAGCUUUAGCACAAGCACUUUAGAAAGAAGGGGAAAAGAUCCUGCCAAGAACCUGGAUAUUUCCUGGCUUUUGGCCCUGUAUCUCUUGGAAAACUGACACUUGAUUUCUCCUGACCUGGGAACUUCAGCAGGGCUGUUGAGCACAUUUCCAGUGCUUCUGGCACGUUAAGCUCGUGGCAAAUGGUCCUUUCAGGUGCUCUGCCUCACCCACUGUGGUUUUGUGGGAAAACAAGGCCGUUGCUGAUAGCUCAUAACUUACUUCACACCAGGUGUGAUUAAUGUGAUCACAUGCUGUAAUUAAGGUGAUGUAAUAAGGAAUCUUGGAAACGACUGAAUUUUUUGAAGCCUAGGAGGGCACAUUUAUUUUUUUGGCAUCUUUGCUUCCCAGCUGCAGGAGGGAAAAGCCAUCCAUCCCCCUGUGCUGGAAUUAAUUGAAAUGACCCGUGGCAGGAGUUGUGCUGGCUGUGAGCAGAGGCAGAUUCCUGCACUGGAAAGAGCAUGUAUAUCUUUAGGAUCCAAGACCCGAGCCAUUGGGAAUGCAGCAAAGAGCCAGAUCAUCACAAAUGUAAAAAAUGCAGUCCAUGGCUUCAAAAAACUGCAUGGAAGAGCAUUUGAAGAUCCUUACAUCCAAGCUGAGAGGGCCAAACUUCCCUAUGAGCUUCAGAAGAUGCCAAAUGGCUCUGUAGGAGUAAAGGUGAGGUACCUGGAUGAAGAGAGACUGUUUGCAGUGGAACAGAUCACAGGAAUGCUGCUGGCCAAGCUGAAGGAGACUUCAGAAAGUGCUCUGAAGAAACCAGUGGCUGACUGUGUGAUUUCAGUCCCCAGUUUCUUCACUGAUGCUGAAAGAAGGUCUGUAAUGGCAGCUGCACAGAUUGCAGGAUUAAAUUGUCUGAAGCUGAUGAAUGAAACUACAGCAGUUGCAUUAGCCUAUGGAAUAUACAAGCAAGAUCUGCCAGCCUUGGAAGAGAAGCCAAGAAAUGUGGUCUUUGUAGAUAUGGGGCAUUCUGCAUAUCAGGUUUCCAUCUGUGCUUUUAACAAGGGAAAACUGAAGGUCUUGGCCACUACCUUUGACCCUUUCGUAGGUGGCAGGAAUUUUGAUGAGGCUUUGGUAGAUUACUUCUCUGAAGAAUUUAGGACAAAAUACAAGCUGAAUGUAAAAGAGAACCCCCGAGCCCUGCUGCGAUUGUAUCAGGAAUGUGAGAAGCUCAAGAAGCUGAUGAGCGCCAACGCCUCCGACCUUCCCCUCAACAUCGAGUGCUUCAUGAACGACCUGGAUGUCUCCAGUAAGAUGAACAGAGCUCAGUUCGAGCAGCUGUGUGCUGCCCUUCUGGCCAGAGUGGAGCCUCCCCUAAGAGCAGCCAUGGAUCAAGCCAAACUUCAGCGUGAAGAUAUCUACAGUAUAGAAAUAGUAGGUGGGGCUACUAGAAUUCCAGCAGUGAAGGAACAGAUCUCUAACUUUUUCUGUAAAGAGAUAAGCACCACCCUAAAUGCUGAUGAAGCUGUUGCAAGAGGCUGUGCCUUGCAGUGUGCAAUUCUUUCUCCAGCUUUUAAAGUGCGUGAGUUUUCCAUCACAGAUGUUGUUCCUUACUCCAUAACAUUGAGAUGGAAAUCAUCUUAUGAAGAAGGAACAGGGGAGUGUGAAGUCUUCAGUAAGAACCAUGCUGCUCCAUUCUCAAAAGUAAUUACCUUCCACAAGAAAGAGCCUUUUGACUUGGAAGCUUAUUAUACCCAUCCACACGAAGUGCCUUAUCCUGAUUCCAGAAUAGGGCGUUUCACCAUUCAGAACGUGAGUCCCCAGCACGACGGCGACAACUCCAAGGUGAAGGUGAAAGUGCGAGUCAACAUCCACGGGCUGUUCAGCGUGGCCAGCGCGUCCAUCAUCGAGAAGCUGAGCGUGGAGGGGGAGCACAACGACACCCCCAUGGACACCGAGUCAGCAAGUAAGAACCAAGGCAGAGAUGAGGAGCUGGAUAAAAUGCAGGUUGAUCAAGAAGAAGGUGUGCAGAAAAGUCAAGCUGAACAACAGAACCAGGCAGAUGAGGAAACUGAAAAUGCUGGAACUGAAACAAAGGCUGCUUCUGGAGAAAAGCAAGAUCAUCCCUCCCAGCCAAAGGCUAAAACAAAAGUUAAGAGUAUUGACCUCCCUAUACAGGCAAGCCUCUGUAGGCAGCUGGGACAAGAUCUGAUCAAUUCCUAUAUAGAAAAUGAGGGGAAGAUGAUGAUGCAAGACAAGCUGGAGAAGGAACGAAAUGAUGCUAAGAAUGCUGUUGAGGAAUAUGUGUAUGAAUUCAGAGACAAGCUGUGUGGAGCCUUUGAGAAAUUCAUCACUGAAGAAGACUCAAACAAGCUGACCUUGAUGUUGGAGGACACAGAAAACUGGCUUUAUGAAGAUGGAGAGGACCAGCCAAAACAAGUAUACAUGGAUAAGCUUCAGGAAUUAAAAAAAUUUGGACAGCCUAUCCAGGAAAGAUGCAUGGAACAUGAAGAGAGACCAAAAGUUCUAAAUGAACUGGGGAAGAAGAUUCAGCUCCUUAUGAAAGCAGUAGAAGCAUACAAAAAUAAGGAUGAAAAAUACGACCACCUAGAUCCUGCUGAGAUGGAGAAAGUUGAAAAAUACAUUAAUGAGGCUAUGAAUUGGUUGAACAGCAAAAUGAAUGCCCAGAACAAACUCAGUCUAACUCAGGAUCCAGUUGUCAAAGUGGCAGAAAUACUAGCAAAAUCUAAGGAAUUGGAUAGCUUCUGUAACCCCAUUCUGUCCAAGCCCAAGCCGAAGAUAGAAGCUCCCAGUGAGGGGCAGGCCAAAGCUAACGGGGAGCACAACGGGCCCGUGAACGGACAGAGCGCUGCUGAAACAAAGCCCGAACCAGCCAAGGACAACCCCCAGCAGACCAAACCCCCCGGAGAAAUGGAAGUGGACUAAACCUUGCAUUUCUUUUACUUCAUUAAAAUAGUGCAAGUAACCACAGGGUCCAUUCUUUUUGUCUGGUACACACCUCAGAUGUUCAGUUAUUCUUAGCCAAACUUCUGUCAUUUGUUGCUGAGUAGUUUUGAAAGUGUUUUAUAUUAAGUACACCUCUGAUGUUCAUUUCCACUGAUGCUGCUUAUGUGGAGCUUUAGCCAAAUGUAGAUUGUAUAAGUCAGUUGAAGCUUUCCCAAUAUAUUUUAUAUCAAACAUACAGAAUUGAUAUAUAAAUGGCAACAAUCUACCUUAUUUAAAGCUUUUAUUGUGGAUAAACCUCAGCUCCUUUAUUCAGGAAAGGAUACUGUAUUGCACUACUGAUGCUCAAGUGUAGAUCUAAUCGCAUCUUUAUUUUGGAAAAAUAUUGGAAUUGAAGUGGCAAAACCUGUCACUUGAAGCACUGACCUUUUCUAGUUAUUGUAUUGUUAUAAUUUAAAUAUUAAAAUAGAGGUUAGUUGGCAUACCAGUCCAUCUUGUUGAUGUACCAUGAGAAUUGUACGGUCUUUUUCAUAGGAACUGAAUAAUCGGAGCUUUUUGGCGUUUUUUGGGUUCCCAUCCCACUACCAGUCUUCACUGCAGACUGCUCCAGCACCGUGGCUCUGCUGGGUGCUGGAAUCCCUGGUCUCUGCACGUUGCUGUACAUACCCUGCUGAGCCUAGGACAGGGUGAUGCUGGUGAGAACAGCACGAGAGGGGAGAACAUUCAAGGCCUGCUGCGUAGCUUUCCCUUGAAAAUGUCUCAUUGCACAUGGAACUAUUAACGCUUCUUUUGUUUUGAAUUCCAUUUCCAUCUGAUUGUAUCUCAUCCUGGGGAGGAGAAACAACAGCAGCAGUGCUGUGCAAACUGGGUGUCAGCACCCUGAUUUUGAGGUGGCUUAAAUGCUGUUUGGUGCAAACUUGGAAGAAGUGCUGAGAGCUUCUUUAAGCCUUGAUGCUCAGCACAUAAAUUUUUUGGUCAAGGACCAAAACAAAAGAGCUUAAAAACUGGAUAUUAUUACCCCAAAGGUGGAAUCUACCUGAUGAAUUUGCAUAGUUUACCACUUAGCUUUGGUCAUUUAGCUCUCUAAUGAAAGUGUAUACAAUGUAUUACACAGUAGAAAAUCACUGUUUUCUUUGAUACAUCUUAAAUGUUGUCAAGGUCCAGUCUGUGUCCCAAAUAUAUUCCAAAUGCUUCUGUCAGUCACUGAGGUGCUGCUGCACUUGCUAAAGCCAGUCACUAUUGACUUCAAAACUCUUCUGUUACCAGAAUGGCAGUGGGCUAGUCUAAGUAUGAAAACUGUUUUUUUUUACCUAGCAUCAGAAACUAAAAUAAGUUGCAGUGUAAUGCUGCAGUGACUUGAAGUCUGUCCCAGAAACAAAUUCAGAUGUUAACCAGGCACUCCUACAGUGGUUCUCCCGUAGGAGGUGUUGCUGUUGUAAACAAGUGAAGAACCACAGUCUUGUUUCUGGCUUUGACAGCCAUUUAUCUUCAGCCAUGCCAUUCAUCUUCUACCACUGCUCAUGCCAGAAAGUAACUCAUGACCCCUGGGAGAGGUGAAUUCAACUCUCUCAUACCUUCACAGAAAAUGGAAGCGUCAUUCAUGGCUGUACAGAAAUCUGCCAGACUAGUUCAAGUGCUGGAAUUGCAUCUUCAUGACUGACUUCAAGUGACUGAGAUGCAUCUACUUUUCUCUCUUCCAUGCAGUCAGAGUGGGUGGUCUGACACUGUAAGUUUACAUGUUUAAUGUCCUUGAGCAAAAACUGAGUGACUUUGAGGAGAGCUGUUCUGCAGCUCAGCUCUUCUGUGACCUCAGUCCUGAGUUCUGCCACGGUUGUCACUCCUCUGGUGCUGAGGUGUGACAGUACUGCAGCAUCAGUCAGCCUGGGCUGGCUUGGGUCUUGUAGGCUUUAACAACAUUUAUAUCCUCAUGGCUUUUACCACAGCAGUGUAAUGAGCAGCAUUCUCAAGUACUGGCUUCCUAAAAUCCAGCUACACAAUAAUUUGUCUAGGUAGACUUCUUGGUACCUGUGGUAGAAGAGCACAAAACUGCAGAAAUCUCCAGUGUCAGCUCUCCAGUAGCUAAAGGCUCAUGUGCAAGAACUGAGUGUCCUCUGCUCAUGGCCAUCAGAUGCUUAAUGCCACAUCACAGAUAUCUGAAGCAGUGCUUAGGAUAAAGGCUAGAGUAAUUCUGCACGCUUAAAAGCAGAUAUGGUUCAGACAAACAGUUGUAGUCAAGUUUUCUUACUAGAAUAGGAGGUUUUCCUGCUGUGCAUCUGGUCUGUCUCUAGAUCCCCCUGAAGAGGAAUGCAGCCCAGAGAAGCUGGCUCUGAGGUCCAUGUUAGGAAUCCCAUUUGGGAUGGCAGAGUUGAUCUUUCACAGCGAGGUUCACAUUAAUGUAUGACUUGCUCAUAUGUAAUCUGGUUCCUGUUACAAAGAGGAGAUUUCACCAGGACAGAUUUAAGUACUUACACACUAGGCACAACUUGUGGUUUUGUGUGUCAGACUCAAUGAGCAAGGUCCCUCUGCCUCCCCUGACAGCCCCAGAGUGAGUGUCUUGGCAACACCAAGUUUUGGUAGGGAACCAGCAGCAGUCUGCUGCUCUGCAUCUUGUAUAUUAUAACAGCAGGUAUUUGUUGAUAAUGUCUUACUUGAAACUUUCUGCUGAGGGCAAGAUACGUUUCUAAUAUUUGAAAAUGUUCCCUCCAUGUCUCACAAAAAGAAAAAAAGGAAGCAACACUAUCUUUGUAAAGGCAGUAGAGUUUGUUUAAAAAACAAAAGUUUUGUAAAUUGGGUUCUGAAGUGUCAUGUAGAGAUUUAGUUAGAAACCAGAUACAUUGGUUCAUUUUCUAUACAGAAACCAUAGAUACAUUGGUUCAUUUUACCAGUAAGAGCUUCCUUCUUUCCUUUGAAGAGGACUCAUUCUCUCCUGUGUGGAGCAUUAAUGGACUCGCUCAAGAAAGGACUUCACAAUUUAUUUGUUUUAAUUUUCUUUACUAAACUGAGUUUAGUCUAGAACUGAUGAAUGAGUUCCUUUCCACUUUUAUUAUUACGGUACUUUAGACUCCAAGGAGUUCCUUCGAGUUUCAGAUGUAACAUAAACACUCAAGUUCGGGUAUUAUGCUCUUUCUUGAAGCUGCUGCUUCAUGACAAAAUACCCCUUGAUUGUGAAUGAAGGAUUUGAUUUUUGUAUGUCUGAAUUUGAACUAAGACUCCUCUCCCUUGCUGGCUUCUGGCAGUGUCCUUGCACUGCUCAAACACUGCCUUUGGGGCAUGUUUGCAGAGCAGUGAGCAGCUGGUCCUGGCUGCUCAGGGGCAGCUGGGAAAUACCCAACCUGUAUUCCACAAGCUGUAUUCCCUGCCAAGGCCCCGGGGCAGAGCAAGGGGGGAAGCAGUGCAGUGUCUGCAGUGCAGUGUCUGCAGUGCAGUUCCAGUAUUUGGGACCCCUUGGGGUGGUUUAAGGUAAAGCAUCCAAUCUGUGUGUUGAUGGGAUUUCUUUGUAUCUUCAACAUUUGAAAUUCCUUAAUGUUUUGCAACAUCUCUGUGUGCUGAACUCCAGUCUCUCCUACAGAUGGCUAAUAACAGUUCUCAAAUACUCCAUAUUUAAGUGGGGGUUUUCAUGUCAGGAUUGUGUAAAUGUAGUUUCAGGAAACAAGCAAGGAGCUGGCAGGAUUUUCUUCCCAAUUAUUUUUUGACACCAGUGUGAAAAAUGAACAGCCUUAACAAAAGUUGGAAUCUACACUUGUCAGAGCUCUUGGUUUUCCAUGCCUGUCAGUUAACCAAUGCUAGCAUCCAAAACACAAAGCCAUGGUGCAAACAUGCUGUGUUUGCUGGUUCAAAGCACCUGCCCAGCUGCUCUAGGAGAAGAAGCUAAAUUCAAUUCCCAUAGAUUCAGACAUCACGAAGCUCAUUCCUCAAAAUAGGACUUCUCAUUGCUGUGUAAUCACACUGUAAUACUUCCACACUUCUGGGACCCCUUCUCAAGUGAAGCUCAGAUGCCCAAACUUGAGUUGUGGGCUGGUGUAAGGUCUCCCUGCCCUAAGGAUGCUUAUAUUAAUUGCUACUAGCUGUUAGGUUAUUAACUGGAUGGAGGAAUAUUUUGUUGCCUCUUACACUUCUGCUACUCUUAGGUUUUUUCUUCUUCUGGGCACAAGGAGACAGAAACACUCAAAAGAGGUGGUAAAAAACAUGUUGCUUAACAAAAGUCAUUAAUGCCUCAUAAAUAAUAAUUUCAGCUCCCAAGAUAGCAGUUGGAGUAUAAACACAAGCUCUUAAAAGUGUGUGGUGGCUGACUCCUAGCUGAAUUCUUCAUUUUCUGCAGUUGAAAGUUGAAGACUUCAACCACUUACUACACAUGUCAACAACAGUGAAAACAACUAAAUGUGACUGUUGGCACUGCAGAAUAUUAAACCAGGAAUGUGCUUGAUGUGACUUACAUGAUACAGCUGCUAAACUUUGGUUUCCUUCUUUCCUGGUCAGAAGGAAACAUGUCAAGCAAUGAAAACCAGGAAUCAUUGCAAUGAAAUCCAUCAAGAAUAAUUUUUAACAAAAAUGCAAUUAAGAGCUAUACCCACCAGCCACCUCUACCAAGUGUUGAAAUAGUUUAAUUAAAUUGAUCAGAAAAGGUGGUAGUCCCUGAAUGUUGCAGUGCUUGGAAAAGUUUCUUUCCAUAGUCUAACUCCAGGGGAUGGGGGGGAGGAGAUGGGAGCAUCAGAAUUUCAAGCAGUGUUUAAGUAUGGAAAAUGUUUACCAUGUAUGUAAAUGGGAUUCUUAGUAGUGACAGAUCAUGUGCAAAUUGACAAGACUUGGAUUUAUUUUUGAAUGGCAAUACAGAUUGUCAAGGUUGUGUAUAAUUAUAAUAAAUAUAUAAACAGCUACUUGAACCAGAAA